UAUAUAAAAAAUUACGGAUAUCAAAAUAAUUAUUUAUUUAAAGUUUAUAGUCAAAAUUCCCUGCAUAGUCUGUCUGUGAUCAAUGACAAGCUAGGCAUUUAUAAAAUUUCGUUACUCUGUGAAUUUCUGUUUUGUUUAUGAUUGGGAAUGGCAUUUGGCAGUUUCAAUUUGUCUUUUUUUUAUGUUUUACAAACAACAUUUUGUGUUCAAAUUCGGAAGGAAUUAGGUUUCAACACUAGUUAUUAAUAUUGUUCGUAGUGUCUGUUUUUAAAAAGAUCGGAAAGUGAGCGCCGUAUUUUAGGCGUUAACUUUAAGAAUGGAGGAACUGCGGUCUUUUUUCAAUAAUCCAUGUCCGUCUAAUGCACAAGUAAAAAAACUUCGAGGUCCAAUUACUGGUGGUAGACGAAUAACUAAAGAAGAUACGAUAAAUGAUCUGAAUAAACCUGAACAACAUCGUCACUCUGUUCUCGCGAGCGGCACUGAUUAUGCGGAAGCAAUUAAAAAAAAAGAAAUGGAAAAUUAUUUGAAGUAUGAAGGUAACAGAGACACAUUCCAAAGUUUUGCUGGUGGACUGGAUUCGUUAGAGCAGCUAUCUUCGUACAGCUAUUCAAUGCAGAACAUUGAGGCACUUACAGAGGAAGCAAUGAAUGAAGUGUACAAGAAAUACUCAUUCCAGAGAAAGGAGGAUACAAAUAAUUUAGCAAUUAAUGAAUACAGACAGCAGAUUUUAAGUAGCAUCUCAGCUUAUCCAGUGGUGAUUAUAGAAGGCCCAACUGGUUGUGGUAAGACAACACAAGUACCGCAAUGGAUUUUAGAUGAUUCAUUUGAGAACCGUAGGCCAUGCAAAAUUGUUGUCACUCAGCCGAGAAGAAUAGCAGCUAUUUCUAUUGCAAAAAGAGUUGCUCAGGAGAGAGGUUGGGAUGUUAGCGGUGUAGUUGGAUAUCAGGUUGCAUUGGAAGCCAAAGUGUCAUCCGACACUCGUAUUAGUUAUGUUACAACUGGUAUACUUCUACAAAAACUUGUUUCAGCCAAGAAUAUGAAUGAAUAUACUCAUGUAAUAUUAGACGAAGUGCAUGAGCGUGGGCAGGAAAUGGAUUUUCUCCUGCUUGUGGUAAAAAGACUCCUGUACACGGUAUCACCACAUGUGAAAGUGGUGCUCAUGUCUGCUACAAUCAACCGGAAGACUUUUGCGGAUUACUUUAUGAUACCUACUCCAAUGGGGUUGCAGACGGCCAUAUCUAUUAAAGUUGUUAAGAAAGAUCCCAUGUUUACCGUGAAAACCUUUUAUCUUAAUCAUCUUAAUAAAUUUGGAUCGAUACUGGAUAAAAUUACAUCAUCAAAGAAUGAAUCACCAGGAAUCCCUUCAGAAAUGCAUCAUUUGGUGAUCAAAUUGAUAGAUGCUUUUGAACAAAUUGAUGAGAAGGAAGAGAACUUUGCUUGCAGAUCGGAAGCUGAUUUACCAUCUGUUUUGAUAUUUUUACCUGGUAUUAACGAAAUUGAGGAGUUAUAUGAUUGUUUGACAAAUUCCGAAUUGAGAUCAAAAAUGUCAGAAAAAACAGGUACAUCAAAGACGAAAUGGUGGGUUCUGCCGCUGCACUCAACAAUCACCGCAGACGAGCAAGUGCGUGUGUUCCAGCGUGCGCCACCCGGACAGCGCAAGAUCAUACUUGCCACCAACAUCGCUGAGAGCUCUAUCACCGUGCCUGAUAUCAAGUAUGUGAUCGACUACUGCCUAAUGAAAGUGUUGGUGGCGGACACAGCGACCAACUUCACAUCGCUGCAGUUGUCGUGGGCGGCCAAGGCCAACUGUGAACAACGCGCAGGUCGUGCAGGACGUGUGCGCGACGGACGCGUCUACCGGCUAGUCUUGGAGAGGUUUUAUAAUGACUUGCCGGACGAGUGUCCGCCGGAGAUAGUGCGGUGCCCGCUGGAGCGGCUGGUGCUGCUCGCCAAGAUGUUGGACAUGGGCCCGCCGAGUGACAUCCUCGCGCUCGCCAUGGACCCGCCAGAUAUGUCCAAUAUACACAAAACUAUGUUAGUGCUCAAAGAGGUGGGUGGUAUGAAGAAGACAAUAAACGAUGAGUGGUGUGUGUCUGACGGUGACAUCACAUACCUGGGCCGCAUCAUGGCCAAGCUGCCUCUGGAUGUGAGGAUCUCCAAGCUGAUCAUGCUGGGUUACAUCUACGGAUGUUUCGAUGAAAGUAUUAUAAUGGCGGCGGCCAUGUCUGUGAAGAACGUAUUCAACAGUCCGUUCCGUGAGAAACUGAACGCUUACAACUCCAAGCUGACCUGGGCUGAUGGAUCCACCAGUGAUUGUAUCGCCUUCCUCAAUGUUUAUAAGGUGUGGAACCAUCUGCGCAAGUUGAACUACUUCAAGCAGCCGGGUAGCGAGGGUCAGUGGGCGCGGCGGUUCUACGUUCAGGUGCGGGCGCUGCGGGAGCUGGACGACCUCGUGCGGGAGCUGCGUGUGCGCCUCUCGCGUGAGGGCCUCGACACCAACGCCGUGCCCUCGCCAUGGGCCAAGCAUGAGAUCACAUUGGUUCUUAAACUGAUAAUCGCGGGUGCAUUCUACCCACAAUACUUUGUGCACGCGUCUACUGACGAGUGCCGUGAGCGCGAGGCUGUGCGUGUACUGGGCGGCCUCAACCCGCGCCGCUCUCUCUACUUCACUGGCUGGCCUACACACCAGCCCCUCGCACCAUACGCACCUGCCAUCCGCAACACUGUACGCCGUCUACUCGGUGACGACCCCAGGGUCAGCUUUGAUGUCGGCAGUAGGAAAAUAUUCCUAACAUUCUCUGAUGGAAGUGAUGAAACUAAAUCCACUGAAAAAACUGGGGAUCCUACAAUUCCCGGGCAAGUGGUCCUCCCUGUAUACAAAGCUGUCAAGGCACGACAAAUACGAACCGACUUUCGUAUACCUCUUUUGCCUAUAGAAAAAGCUAAUGAAUUGGCAGCGGCUCACGAGAGAGCCAACACGAUCAUAGACUUGGACAAGAUGGUGCCGCGACUACCGGAAAUUGAUGACACACACUUCCCUCUCAAACUGUCGCAAUACAUAUCUGUGAGCAAGUUCUGGGUGCAGUACGACGAUGAGUCUACUGUUGCGGAGCUGCGUGAGAUAGAGGCGGCGCUGAACCGCGGCACAUUGCUGGCCAGCGCUGGUGGUGAGAAACCUGGCGUACUUCGCGCAGCACCAUACGUUAGUGCAGCCGGUACCGCAUUCUACCGCGCUAGGAUUGUAAACACACUACCCAGGGAUAUGCUAGAGGUGUUGUACAUCGAUUACGGCAGCUACGGUCGUGUGAGUACAUGCAGCGUGCGCGAGCUGCCUGCGGGCGUGUGCAGUAACACGCCGCCGUUGGCCAUGCGAUGUUCGCUGACGGGAGUUGCGCCUGCGCCGCUUCUGGAUCACCACGCGCACUGGACACCGGCAGCAGACCAUCUCUUCACAACGCUCAUCACACGCGGACGACUGCUCGGCAAGGUGUAUUCGGUAGUGAAUGGCGUAGUAUCGAUAGAGUUAUUCGCAGAGCACGGCAAGACAAGCGUAAACAAAGCACUCUUAGACAAAGGACUCGCUGUACCUUGUGAGGAAAGUUAUGAAUCUAAGUUAAAUCACGACGUAAGAGAGAUGGCAAAUGGUUUGAACAUGGUUCAGAAGCGGGCUUACAAUAAAGAACAGAUUGAAGCCGCGUUUUAUCAUAUGAAUGAAAUAGACCCACCCAAUUACAAAGAAUGUGAUACUGAUGUCUGCUUGAAAGGACCCUUCAGUCCAUUGGAAAUCAGCGUACACAAUCUGAUGUACGCAGGUCGGGAGAAACAGGUUAACAUCGAGUGGAAUUCUGUCAACUCUGUACUGUUAGAUACUGAGCCGCAGGAGAUUUAUGAAAGGUUAUUGGUAGCCGCCCAAGUGGGUCAGAACGAGAUGGGUAGCACGCUAACCUUGCACCAUACAACCCUGAUGCCGAACAUACCUGGCCUGCCCGCUAUCAUAGCAUUGCUCUUUUGUCCUGCCGCUGAGUUGAGACGCGACGAGCGCUGCACGCGCUAUGUGAGCACGCUGUGCGGGCUGGGCAGUCAUGACGACGGCCGCCCGUACUUCCCCGAGCAUGACAUACUUGUCAAUAUUGACGUCGAUCUGGAUGUCGAUGACAUCGGCUUGAUCAACCACGUGCGGCACUUGAUGGACUACAUGAUGUUCUGCAGCGAGGGGCAGGACACGCCCACCGCUGAUGACGAGUUCCAUCCUAAAGUACCUAAGUUCAUACGAGAAGAUAUCAUGAAGUUGCUGCGCAAGCGACGGAAGCACCGAGAGCCAUGCUGCGUGGCUAACGCGUGGCGCUGGCGGUCAGCGGACGAGAGCGAGCUGCUGGAGAUCAGCGUGCCCGGCAUGGCGGAGCGCGCGCUCGUCUUCUCCUUGCAUCGCCCGCUGGAGCUGCACGCCACACCCCGCACUGACCUGCUGCGGCUGCACGCCGCCAACCAGGCCCUGUACCACAUGCUCGCCAGGACAUCGUCGUCGUCCAGUCAGGAGCUGACGUGCGAGUUGUGCAACACGGGCCCUCUGCCCGCGCCCGCCAUGCGCAUACAUCUCUACUCCAACAUGCACCUGGAGAAGGAGGACGACCUGCGAGAUGUGCAGUCCUAAACACCCUGACUCCUGGCUUCAGAACUCCUGUUACUUCAGCUGUUAAUAUGUGUAUUUUCUAGUGUGACAGUGUCCGAAUACUUGUGUAAAAACAUAUUGUAAUUUAGAGCAUUCUCUUUGAGUAAUCACAGAUAAGAAUGUCUUUGUAGAGUUUUACGAUUAAUAUCAGAGCCGGUGAGAGGCGUUGCGAUCAGUUCUGGCAUUAAACCUGUAAAACCUACAUGGGCAUAGAAAGUGACAUAAAGAAAAUGACUUCACAGGUGCAAAAAUGAUCGACGUGACACUUUUUGACGUUGACACGCCCUCCUGUCUGUCCUGUCUAGUGAGCUUUUAUAAUCGACUUAGACUUAUUCCCACCGUGUCAGAUAUUCUUGUCGGUCUAUUGAUAAUAAGUCAGUCAUUAUUAUAGGUCGUAUUGCAACUUAUUUUUCCCGUGUUAUUAAAAGUACAAAUUUUACAUUUUUUUUGCAGAGCGACAAAAGAAAAAGUUUAUGUAAUAU